AUGUCAUCUUCUAAGACCGUUACCAGGGGGAGGUUCCUGGCGCCAUUUUGUAAGGUAGCCUGCAAGAUUGAGAAGCGCUCAGCGAGAAAACUUAACGCGGUUGAUGCCUGCAUUGCCAAGACGAUUGCGGAACACAACGCCAGUGGAACAGAUGCCGCAGUAAGCAGUACAAAGCGUUAUAUCUACGAACAGAAACAACUUUUUCACUAUCGUGUUGUGCGGUUCUUUGAUGAGUGCCGUUAUCUUGCCUCAGGGGAAUAUUUCCGCACGUACAGCUUCAAGGACUUUGUGUGGGACAUUCGAUUUUUCACCAAAUUUCUACUGCUGUUUAUUCUUGGAACGCUUUUUGGCCGGCAGAGCAUCUUCCCACCUAUCGACCCUGACUCUCCGCUUGCGCUCGCACUGGAGUCAAAGGUGAACCCGAACUACUAG